UCAUAAAUCUUGCCUCCCUCCGCAGUUUAGUAUUUCCAAUCACGUACCGCCAAGCUGCCUCCAGAGCUACCUACUUGUACUAGCUACCCCCAAAAUCGACGGCUUUGGAUUGUGUAAUGAGCCCGUAGAUUAAUUAGUAUAACUGGAUUCAUCUCCCCUCUCUUUUGUAUCUCGCAUCCUCUGUUUCCUUUGGUCCCAUGGCGUUACUGCAUCGACUCGCUGCUUCCUCGGCCUCUCGCUGUGCUCCCGGUAUAUCAUCACUUUUAGUCAGAAGAGCUUCCACCAUGGUUCCCAAGCUUAGAGAUCCGUCCUUGUUGAAGAAGGAUGUGUGCUAUGUCAAUGGCGAGUGGGUGACUGCCAAGUCUGGCAAGACCUUUGAGGUCACUGAUCCUGCCACUGGCGAAGUGAUUACAACAUGCCCCGAAUUCACCACUGCCGAUACCGAGUCCGCCAUCACCGCCGCCGCCGAUGCCUUCAAGACCUUCCGAAACCUGACCGGCCGCGAGCGCGCAAAGCUGCUGCGCAAAUGGUACGACCUCACCGCAGAAAAUACAGAGGACAUUGCCCAGCUUAUCACCUGGGAGAACGGAAAGCCUCUUGCAGAUGCGAGAGGCGAGGCGACCUACGCUGCCAACUUCUUCGAAUGGUUUAGCGAGGAGGCUCCCCGCACAUACGGCGACGUCAUUCCUGCCAGCGUACCAGGAAACCGAGUAUGGACUGUCAAAGAGCCUGUUGGUGUUUGUGGCCUAAUCACUCCGUGGAACUUCCCCGCGGCCAUGAUCACGAGAAAGAUUGGCCCGGCUCUGGCAGCUGGAUGCACCGUCGUGUGCAAGGCGCCUGCUGAGACCCCCCUGACAGCCCUUGCACUUGCUGAGCUGGCUCACCGAGCUGGUAUUCCCAAGGGUGUUGUCAACAUUGUGACGACAUCAGAUAACACCGUCGCCAUCGGCGAGCAACUGACAACAAACCCUACAAUCAAGAAGGUUUCCUUCACCGGCUCCACGGGUGUCGGUAAGCUCCUAAUGAAACAGUCAUCCAGCACUCUCAAGAAGCUCUCACUGGAGCUCGGUGGAAACUCCCCCUUUAUCGUGUUUGACGAUGCGGAUCUCGACGCCGCUGUUGCAGGUGCCAUUGCUUCCAAGUUCCGAUCUUCGGGGCAGACCUGUGUGUGCGCCAACCGCAUUUACGUCCAAGAAGGCAUCUACGAAGCCUUUACGGCCAAAUUCGUCGAAAAGGUCAAGUCAUUCAAGGUUGGCAACGGCUUCGCAGAAGGUGUCACUCACGGCCCUCUUAUCCACGACCGCGCCAUCGGCAAGGUCGAUUACCACGUCCAAGACGCCAUCAAGAAGGGCGCCAAGCUCCUCGUCGGUGGCCAGAAGCUGCCCGACGUUGGAUCCAACUUCUACGACCUCACGGUCCUCAGCGACAUGAACGCCGAUAUGGCCAUUGCCUCUGAGGAGACCUUUGGUCCUGUUGCGGGCCUCUUCAAGUUCAAGACUGAGGCCGAGGUCGUCAAGCUGGCGAAUGCUUCUGAGGUUGGCCUGGCUGGCUACUUUUACGCUCGCGACCUGGAGCGCGUUCACCGUGUUGCUGAAGCUCUGGAGGUCGGCAUGAUUGGUAUCAACACUGGUAUCAUUUCCGACCCCGUUUCACCAUUUGGAGGUGUUAAGGAGAGUGGUUUCGGCAGAGAGGGAUCAAAAUACGGCAUUGCAGAGUACCAGAUUACGAAGAUGAUGACCUAUGUCAAACGCCUCUGUGGCCUGUCCUCUGCAUCAUCAGCCCCUCGCCUCUCAUUAACAAGCCUCAAAUACACCAGCAAGGCUCCCUGCACUCCUUCACUCGCUCGCCCAUUCAGCCAGUCAACACCUCUCCUCAAAAAGCGCAAAAUCGCCCCCGCAAGCAACAGCCCCGAGGCUUCAUCACCAUCACGCUCCUCCUCCUUCUCGCCUCCUAGCUCCUCCAAAUCCUCCGACAACACCCAUCCCAACCCCGAAGACCCCCUCGACUUCUCCUCCCUAAUAGCCGCCUACUCCCCCAUCGAUGCGCACUUCAAAGCCCAGCUCCAGGCCGUCCUCCACGGCGGCCGCUUCAACCCCGAUGCCCUCGGCGCCCUCCCCGUCGCCCUCAAAGACGAAGAUGGCUCCAAGGUGACCUUUCCCCUCAACGAGCUCGCCCAGAUCGUCCCCCGCUCAGGCCGCAUCAUCUCCCUCCUCGUCAACGACCGUGAGUACCUCAAGCCCAUCAUGUCCGCCGUCCAGUCCAGCAAGGACUUCAACCAGCAGCCCCAGCGCUCCGACGACAACGAGCUCGAGCUCCUCCUCAAGGUCGAGAUGGAGCGCAAGGACGACCUCGUGCGCCGCGUGAAGGAGGCGUGCCAGGGCUGGAAGGAUCGGGUGCGCCAGGCGCGGACCAAGCACGAGAAGGCGCUCAAGGAGUGGAAGAAGAAUGGCACGGUGCUGCCGGACGUGGUGAGGAAGGCGGACAAGGAGCUGCAGAAGGUGCAGGAUAAGAAGAUGAAGGAGAUUGAUGGCGAGGAGGCGCAGGUGAUUAAGCAGCUUGAUCGCAAUUAAAGUGCAAGGGCGUAUGUAUAAGCGCAAACAGACCAUCGUUUACAUUAUAAAAAAUAAGAAACGCUUCACAUGGGUAUGACUGCAUGAAGAUGAGGAGAUGGCUCU